GCCCGGCUGUUCCUGGCGCCGGAAGAGAAGCGGGUCUCUUUGGGGCCGGCCAUCUUGUGUGGUAUCGCGAGCAGGGGGCUGGGGCCUGGGCAGCAUCGGAGGAGGAUCCCGCCGAGAGGGGCCCAUCAUGCCCGGACACCUGCAAGAAGGGUUCGGCUGCGUCGUCACCAACCGCUUUGACCAGCUCUUUGACGACGAGUCGGACCCCUUCGAGGUGCUGCGGGCGGCCGAGAGCCGGAGGAAGGAGAGCGGCGGCGGCGGCGGGAGCCAAGGGGGCGGCGGCGGCGGGACCCGCAGCGGGCAGGCGGCCCAGGCCAACUCCUCUGGCGGGGUCGGCAGCGGGGGCUCGGGCCAGGCCGGGGGAGGCGGCGGCGGCAGCAGCAGCGCGGCCAAGCAGCUGCGCAGGGAGUCACAGAAAGAGCGCAAGAACCCGCUGCCCCCCUUCGCUGCCUCGCCCGGGGGCGCCGGCGACCGCAGGGAGGAGGGCAGCGGGCAGCCCGCCGCGCCGCUUAGGAAGGAAGGUAUAAGACGAAUUGGCAGACGGCCUGAUCAGCAGCAGCAGCAGCAGCCGCCUCAGGGUGAAGGCAAGCCUAUUGAGAGGAGACAGGAGAGACGACCGCCUCGUGAACGCCGAUUCGAUAAACCCGCUGAAGAGAAGGGUGAAGGAGGGGAAUUUUCUGUGGAUAAACCCGUUAUUGACCGACUUGUGCGUGGUCGUGGUGGUCCAGGCGGAAGAGGUGGACGUGGUGGUCGUGGACGUGGAAUGGGCAGAGGAGAUGGCUUUGACUCCCGUGGCAAACGUGAAUUUGACAGACAUAGUGGAAGUGAUAGAUCUUCUCUCUCACAUUCCCAUUUCAGUGGCCUAAAGCAUGAGGAUAAACGUGGUGGCAGCGGAUCACACAACUGGGGAACCGUCAAAGAUGAGCUAACUGAUUUGGAUCAGUCAAACGUGACCGAGGAAACACCAGAAGGAGAGGAACACCCACCUGCUGAUUCUGAGAAUAAAGAGAAUGAGGUGGAAGAGGUUAAGGAAGAAGGCCCAAAAGAAAUGACCCUGGAUGAAUGGAAAGCUAUUCAGAAUAAGGAUCGUGCAAAAGUUGAAUUCAACAUCCGUAAACCAAAUGAGGGUGCUGAUGGGCAAUGGAAAAAAGGAUUUGUUCUCCAUAAGUCAAAGAGUGAGGAGACAAAGGGGAUGACAGAAAUGCCGGGGAGUCCGCUGGAGUCAAAUGAGGCUCAUGCUGAAGACUCUGUAAUGGAUCAUCACUUCCGUAAACCAGCAAAUGAUAUUACGUCCCAGCUGGAGAUCAAUUUUGGAGACCUUGGUCGCCCCGGACGUGGUGGCAGAGGUGGUAGAGGUGGCCGGGGGCGUGGUGGAAGGCCCGGGCGUGGAAGCAGAACUGACAAGUUGGUGAAGGAGUUUGACGUGAUCCACACACCCAAUCAGUCAAGUGCUUCUGCUCCUGAUGUAGAUGACCCAGAGGCUUUCCCAGCUCUGUCCUAAACUGGAUGUCAUAAGCCACCUCUGCCCCCUCGCUGGGCCCUCCUCUACGAGGCUUGCAUGCUUAAGGAUCCUAAACAACUAAGAAAUUUAAAAAAUGAGACUGUCAUUCAUACCAUUCACACCUAAAGACUGAAUUUUAUCUGUUUUGAAAAUGAACUUCUCUCGCUACACAGAAGCAACAAUAUGGUAGUCAGUUUUGUAUUUAGAAAUGUAAUGGUAGCAGGGAUGUUUUCAUAAUUUUUUCAGAGAUUAUGCAUUCUUCAUGGAUACUUUUUUGUAUUGCUGCUUGAAAAUAUGCGUUUCCAAACUUGAAAUAUAGGUGUGAACAGUGUGUACCAGUUAAAGCUUUCACUUCAUUUGUGUUUUUUAAUUCGGGAUUUUAGACGUUUUCUCCAAACUACAAACUGGUUUUUAAAUAUUGCACACUAUUUCUGUUUCCUUUAAUACCUACUUAGCCGAUUUUUAUCAACCCAUGGUCAGUUGGGAUACAUAGAAUUUAAUUUGGCAAAUUGUUAGUACCAUGUGGAAUACUAUUCUGGAAUACUUUAAUUUAGUUUUUAAUACUUAAUUUCAGACUUGGAAAAACAGUCAUUUUUCAUCUAUCUUUGGUAGUUUGUUGUGUAUGCAGAAUCUUUAUACAAAGUUGAUAUCAAAUACUUGAAAAAUAGUCAAAGCACAUUGGUUUUUGGUCAAGUACCUGCAUAUUGAUCCAGCAGUGAUGUGCAGAUGAUUGGUCUAAAAAGUUUUUUAAAAUUAUAUUACACCUGUCACUCACCCUUUUUACCUUUAUUCCUUUCUCCUUUCAACAAAACUAGAUACUUUUAUUGGUAAACGUUGUUUAUCCUACUUAAUAUUAUUCUUUGGGAAAGUAUCCUCUAGACUGGGGCAAUUCUAAUUCUUUCUGCUCUACAGGACUGGGAGGUGAGAAAGGGAGCAUCAUCUAUUUCUAAUACAGUCUAUUUAAAUUUCAUUUGGACUAUGGAAUUUUGGCAGUGCAGUAUGUUUAUAUAAAUACAUCACCAUCUGAUGUAUUUACACACUGUUCCAUUAGCUGCAAUUCUUGUUCUGAAGAGGAAAACAAAGGACACCAUCUAGGCCUGGGAGGAGAAUAUUUGACUCAUUUAAGUCCGAACAAAUCCCUUAAAUAGGAGACAUCUGUGGUCUGCAUGGGAUACAAACCAAAAAAACCUUACCUUUUGCUCUAAAUUUUGUUCUGAAGUUUUGCUCCAUUUCUUCACCCUUUGGUCUCUGAUUACUCGCUGACAAAUAAAUGUUUUUCAGAGGGUGAUUGUAAGAAGACCUGCUACGCCCUGUAGAAAUUCCUUCUAGGUUAAUUUAAUCCCUGUGAACAGGAACAUUACCACUUUCCAAAUAUGAAAGGACUUGAGAGAAUGACUAAUAAAAAAAGAUUUCUUAGGUUUUUUCUUUUGUCUGCAGCAUUUGUUAGGAGACUAGAAACAGGUUGCUCAUUUUAUUUAAUGUUUUAUUCUUAGAGCAGCUUUAAAAUAUUUGUAGUUUCUUAACCAGAUAGAUAGAAAACAAAUGGUAAUGCCCUAUUUUUUUAAAAUCUGUAUAGGACAGGCAAAAAAUAUUGGAAACCUUUGGAUAUGAAACUUUUGUUGUUUAGCUGGCUUGCUUUAUCUAAACUCUUUUCUACCCAAAAAACCCCAAUACACACUUGUGCUGAUUUAAACAAAUGUUAAUACCAUUGGAUUAGACUCUUGCAGUGCACUCACUUAUCAGUUUAAAAUAGUUGGCUCUGUGAAGGAGUACAUUUUUCCAAACAGUGGAUAGUAACAUUUUUUGUUCCUGGAUCAGACACUCAACAUGUUUUACACAGGUGCUUAGCAUUGGGAUAUUCCAGUUCCUGGCACCAAGAGGUAAAUCUUCAUUAAUUACUUGUGUUCCCUUUGCAAUUGCACAUUCCACACCAUGGAAUGUGUUGAAGGUUAUAAUGGCAUCUGUCAAUUAGGAAUACAACUGAUAAUACAACUGUGCAAAUAGCUUGAUUUCCAGAAUCACCUUAAUUGAAAAGCUUUUGCUGUAAUAGAAUCCCUUCCACCCAAACUAUAUAUUUGUGCUCUCCACCAUGAAUCUUAACUCUUUAUCCAGACUACUCCUGUGCCAGUCAAGCAUUUUGAGCCUUGCUACCCUGACAUUGUCACAGAAGUUGUCUGCCUCUUUGCAUAUCAGAGUAUAGAGCAAUACCUUGAAUAACAUGUCAGAUAUAAUACACCUUUUAAAGACAGCCUGUACAUAAAGUUGGUCCAUCUGCUGUUCUGAUAGAUGUAAAUUUGCCUCUUUUAGUCCAUUUAUGUCAAGAACUAAAACUGUGAAGUUAUCUCUCUCUAAUAUUAGUGGGUGUUAACUGACAUAAAGGUUUAUUUUCAUGCUCUUUUUAAAAAUGUCCUGAAAACAGACAUAAGAAUCCAUUUAGGUUCAGGUGUCUCUUCUAGUUUCUGUCCCAAGUGUUCUAAAUCUUAUGGUGGUAGUGCCCUGGCAUAUCCGUUGCCAGCAAUGGACUUCGCUUUGGGUAAAUGUCUCCCUCCAUUGAGUAGUUCCAAUAUUUGCUAUUGAUGAGCUUCUCUUCAGUAACUUGUCUUGUCCUCUUGCUUGCUCAUCAUGCUGCCAUGCUAUGACCAGAGCUUGUUCAUAUUUAAAAAAGCUGGGUCAGAACAGAAAAGUUCACUCAAUGUUUAUGGAGGGAAAUGGACAGAAUCACAAUACAGAUUGGCUUAUGAUUGUACUAAUUCAAAGGAUUGAGCAUGAAAGUUCAUCUUAUAACCUGAAUACCAUUGAUCCUGGUAGAAACUAUUAAGAUUGAUAGAUAAAUACAAGUGUUGGCCUCAUGGAAAAGGGCAUAAACUAUUUUAAGGAAAAUUAAACAAGGAUGAUAAGCCUUUUUUUGUGGA